UUGUAGGGCUGCAUGUGAGAGAGAUGAACAUGAAUUAUUAGUCUAGUUUUAGUAUUGAAUAGAAUAUUUUUGAUAAAUCAGAAAAACAUGCUCUUAAAAAAGUAAUGUUUGCAGCAGAGCAAUAAUAUAAUCAGAAAAAUGUCUGAGAUUGUGAAAAAAAGUUUUACCGUUUAAUUGCGCAUCAUGUGUGCUUAGAUUUUGUUUACAUUUAAUAUUGUACAAUACAGACAUGGAUAACCAUUAUCAUGUUGUUUUAGAUGCUCUAACGAAAGCUUCUAGUCAGAAUGCUGAGCUUUUAAAAAUAGCUGAAUGCCAGUUAAAAUCUUGGGAAUCAGAAACAGGCUUUUAUUCUACCCUUCUGGACAUUGCAUGUAAUAAAAAUAUUGAUGUAAAUAUUCGCUGGCUUUCAGUUUUAUGUGUCAAAAAUGGAGUUGAUCGAUAUUGGAGGAAAACAACACACGGCUCUAUUAGUAAUGAAGAAAAGGAAGUUUUGAGACAAAAAUUACUUACAUGUUUAAAUGAACCUGUCAACCAAAUUGCCCUACAGUUUGCUGUUAUCAUUUCCAAGAUUGCAAGAUUUGAUUUUCCAAAAGAAUGGCCUGAUUUAUUUCCUGCUCUUUUAAAUGGAACCCAGUCUGCUGAUCAGCUGCAUCAAUUAAGAAGCCUACUCACUAUGCAUCAUGUCGUUAAAAGUUUAUCUUCAAAGCGGUUAACUUUUGAUCGGCGAAUGUUUCAGCAACUCACUGCAAGCGUUUUCCCAAACAUUCUUCAUAUGUGGAUCAAUUAUAGUAAAUUAUUUCUUCAAGAAGUACAGACUGAACAUUACAAAUUGAACUGCGUAUUAGAAAGCUCAUUUUUAACAUUAAAAAUUUUGAGAAAACUGGCUAUAAAUGGUUUUAAAGACUGCUCUAAAGAAGCUGAUGCUGUAAAUUUUCUGAAUUUAAUUUUCCAACAAAUUGGACCUUUCCUUGAAUGCAGAGUCUUCUUGCGUGGCAAAGAAAAUUUGUUGGAUAUUUGUGAAAAAUAUUUAGUUUUAUUGAUAAAAGUUUUACAUGAUGUAUUGGAAUAUCAGCCCUUCUCGUUUGUUCAAUUUAUACGGCCAACAUUAGAAUGCAGUGUUACUUUUUGCUUCAAUAAAGAUUUGCAAGAUCGCCUUUUUGAAAAACUUAUUGUGCAUUUUUUGAAUUUAAUCAAAGGAAUUCUUCUGUGCCAGGAAUAUAAGCCAACAAAAAUUAUGGAAGGUAAGAAAAAAAAUAUACAAAAAAAUCCUUUAACAUUGGAAGCCCAUAAAAUUAAAAUGGAGUUUUUUACCUAUCCUGUUCUUACCGAAAUCUGUCAACAACUCUUAGCAAGGUAUUUUUUACUGUCGGAAGAUGAUAUUGCAAGUUGGGAGAGCAGCCCAGAAGAAUUUGCAUCUGAUGAAGGUGGAGAAUCAUGGAAGUUUAGUUUAAGACCAUGUACAGAAGUGUUAUUCUUGUCCUUAUUUCAUGAAUUCCGAGAUUUGUUAACGCCUCUCAUUGUGGAAAUGAUAAAAGGCAUUCAAUGCAAUAGUGCAAGAGAUUUUUUGAGCAUUUUGAAAAAAGAAGCUGUUUAUAAUGCUGUUGGACUAGCUGCUUUUGAUCUGUAUGAUGAAGUAGAUUUUGAUAACUGGUUUACCAAUGUCCUUAUACCUGAAUUAAAAGUUCCUGAUACGGGUUACUAUAUUAUAAGAAGAAGAGUCAUAUGGCUGAUAGGUCAAUGGGUAGGAGUGAAAAUGUCUCCAGAAAUGAGACCUCUUCUCUAUGAGAUAAUAAUUCAGCUGUUAAAUAAUGAAGAGAAUCUUGUAGUCCGCUUGGCUGCUGCUAAUGCUCUCAAAGUUGAUAUCCUUUUUGUUAUUUAUGUAUCACUUAUUAUAACAUAUAACUUGAAUCUGCAUGAUGUGUGA